AUGUCGGAACCUCCGCAGAUGGAGAACACACAGAUGCCCGCCCCAGCCGAGCAUGCUGGACUGCCUCCGAGCAGCACCGCCCUUGCUGGUCCCCGCAGCGGCCGCGGUAAACAGCUCACGGCCCAGGAAGUGUCCGCUCUCUAUGGCCUGUGCAAGGCGCGUCUGAACAGUGGCCGCUUCGCUGAUCAACCCAAGCGGUUCUGGCGCGAAGUCGCGCAAGCCUUUGAGAGACAAACCGGCCGUCCGUAUUCGUGGCAGUCGUGCCGCCGUCGCAUCACCAAGCUGGAAUCAGAGGUCGAUCCCCAGCAGGCUGACGCCCCCGUGCCCACUCCGCCCGUCCCAGCGGAGCCCUCCCAACCCGCCUUUGCUGUCGCGUCCGUCAAUGACGAUACUGCUGAUGACCUGAGUGAUGACGACGAGGAUGGCCUUCCUCCAGCGACCUCUCCUGUUAGAGAAAGCAUCCACCGCCGCUUUGACCCCAUGGAGCGUGCCAUCAAAGAAACCUGCGCCAAAAUCGUCAGCGAGAGCGUCGACAAUACGGAUAUUAAGAUGCAAGCCUUUGCCCAUUUAGUCUUCAAUGACCCGCAUGACCUGCGCAAGGUCCAAAAGGCAUUCUCCGAAUUUAAGAAGGAGUUUGACUUGGCUUUGGAGAAGGCAAAGCGUGGUCAGGAAGAGGGGCGCCAGUAA